GUUGCUGCUGAGCUAGGUGUUGAGGCGUUUGAUCGGCUGAGGCGCCGGGGCAUUGAGUGCCCUUGUCCCAAAUUUGGCUUCGGGUUCGAUUUUUAAAUAAUGGUUGCCCACUCGGUGCGGGCUCACUCGUGCAAAGUCUGUCUUGAUUUCUUUUCGUCAUCUGUCUGUCCAGUCUGUCAGUUUGUGGUACCCUUUUCUUGUCUCUUCUUGACUACCGACCAUCGCACAAAAAUGUCCCUACUUGUUUGGAUUAGGGUUUGGGGUUUGAAUGCCGUUGAAUGCUGUAUGAGUUUGGCUACACACGUGCUCAGGGCAUACGCAGCCCACAGAGACGCAUUGAGGCAUGCACGCAUAUACUUGGUAUUUGCAGAGGUUUGAUGCUGAUGAUCUUGGCUGCACAUAUACCACCAGACCAAGCUGUUGGCGUUGAAGAAAACAGCCAGACACUACUGCUACAUACGUUCCUUCUUGAUGUUUCUCUCUUCUUCUAUCUCAUGUUCUCUUCACCCUUUUUUUUUUCUUUUUCCCUUUUUUUAAACCUUUUUCUUCUGUCUACAUACUUGUUCAGAUCAUAUAUCGGGUUUUCACAAGGUGCGCGGGAUCCAAUUGGAAUGAGUACCAGUUAAGUCGAAUGGAACGCCAAGAAGAUAGGGAUUCAAGGUUAUCAGUUCAAGAUGAAAGUGCCGAACCUAC